AUGUCAGUGCCUAUAAAACUCAACCUAAAAAACUAUAGAAUCAUGUCAUUAACUGCUUUCUCUCGGGAUAUUCUAAUGUCAACCGAUGACUCUAUAUUACCCCCAGAAGAUACUUUAUCGGAAGCUAUGUAUAAUAAUGUCAAAUUAGAUUACUACUUCAACAACCUACUGAAAAGCCAUGAACAGAGCAGUGUAGAUGACCAGACAAACCAGCUUAUAGUAUCAUCUGCACCCAAACUGGAAGAGUCCCCUGUUUUAGAAUGGAAAUUAUUGAGAACAUUAGCAGGUGCACAUCAAGGAUGGAUAAGAGCAAUUGCAUUGGAUGAGAUAACCAACAAGUGGUAUGUUACUGGGCUGGCAGACUCUACUAUUAAAAUAUGGGAUUUUGAAAAUAAUUCACUUAAAGCAGUGUUGACUGGACACGUGCUAGGGGUACGAUCAUUGUGCAUCUCUAAGCGUCAUCCAUAUUUAUUUUCAGGGGGUGAAGAUAAGUCUUUGCGGUGCUGGGAUUUGGAAAGAAGUAAUUCUGAUGCCGGAUGCCAAAUACGGUCAUAUCAUGGACACUUGGGCGGGGUUUAUACUAUUGGCUUACACCCUGAGCUAGAUGUUUUAUUCAGUGGUGGUAAAGAUUGUGUGGUAAGGGUUUGGGACAUUAGAAGCAGGGUAGAGGCGAUGACAUUAUUGGGUCACACUAAUGAUAUAACAUCCAUUCAGACCGAUUAUAGCGAUCCACAAGUUAUCACAAGUUCUAUGGACGGAACUAUACGAUUAUGGGACUUGAGAAAACUGAAAACCGAACUUUUGAUAACUAACCAUUCAAAAAGUAUACGAAGCAUGAAGUCACAUCCCAAAGAAGCAACAUUCAUAUCUGGUGACUCAAAUGGCGAAAUAAAGCAAUGGUUAUUACCAAAGGGAGAAUUAUUAAAUGAAUUUGGAACCAGCCAAUUACUGCCAAAUCAAAGAGAUAAUAGCAGGAUCAUUAAUUCCCUAGCAAUUAAUCCAGUUACAAACACCUUGUUUUCAGGAUAUGAUGAUGGUAAACUUGAGUUUUAUAAUUACGCUAGUGGUAGCUUACAACAAUCUGGACAAUCUCCGUCUUUGGCAGGACCUGAACAAUCGGCAAUUUACGCUUCAACUUUUGAUAUGUCUGGGUUAAGAUUAUUGACUUGCCAUGGCGAUAAAAGUAUCAGAAUAUGGGGAACAUCUUAUUAA